AUGGCUCUGCGGUCAAUUCUUCUUGUCUCACUUGGCGCUUUCACCGCGGCUACAUCAUGUCCCUUGUCUGUGGAUAUAUCCAACGUUGCUGACCACUCCGUUAAUGUUACUAUCACCAACCAUGGAGACAAAACAGUUACAUUUUUCAAGGGGAAUACAGUUUUUGACAAACGACCAGUCAAAAAGUUGCUAGUGCAGGGCGAAGAUGACAAAGAAUUGGAUUUCAGUGGUGCUUAUGUUGACUACAAGCAAAGCAACCCCCCAUCUUCCAUGUUCCAGACCCUCACAUCGGGUCAGGCAGUCAGCACUGUCGUUAAUGCUGCGGUAUCUCAUAAACUCGGCGGGGUAUCCAAGGCUAGUGUUACAGCUCUUCAACACUUGAAGUAUGUCACCGGCGAUAGUAUUCCCUCUCAUCUCAAGGACAUGUCGCUCUGCUCGAGUGUCACCUCUAACAAGGCUGUCAUUAUUCCCGAUCAAAAGAAAGCUGUAUUGGAACACUUUUCAAACGCUUCUCCAGUCUCUUCCUCACAUUUGACUCAAAAAAGGGACGUUGGAUUCCCCAACUGUGCCGAUAAUCAAGUGUCGGAUUUGCAAACCGCAAUAGCAGAUGCCAUAGCUAUGGCAUCUGCUGCGCAACAAGCAGAGGGCUCGCAGGAUGACUUCUGGAUCUCAUGGUUCAAAGAUGCAGGCCAGUUAUCAACGACCGAUUCUAUCUACAACCAAGUUAUCAAUGCGCAAUCUACCGGGUUCUCCGUAUCGUGUACCGACACAUAUAGCGCCUGUGGAGAGAAUGCCAUGCUGGUCACCAUUACUCCUGAUAAUGUCAUAAUCCCAUGCCCUAACGGCGGAUUUUGGGAUUUAGGGGAAUUCGCAGACAAUUGUGACGCUAGUGACUAUGAUCGUGCGGGAGCUAUUCUUCAUGAAAUGACUCAUCUAUUUGGCACUUCAGACUACGCCUAUGGACACGACGACUGUGAAAACCUCAGCGCAGAUCAAGCUGCCAUGAAUGCAGACACCUACGAGCUGUACGCAGAAAGUGUCAGACUUGGAGGUUGUCAAUGA